AUGAUCGAGAUCCAAUGGCUUACUUGGACCUUAAAAAUAGUUCACGCAGUACUUGAACCCCCGGUGAGGACCAAUGCGCCGAGGUCCUCGCCCGUCAUCAAUGGAGACCACCGGAAUAUUCCCGUGUCGUCCACCUCUCAUCCAGAUAACCCGGUUCCCGAGGAACCCCGCGGCGUUCGGUCCUUAUCGGUGACUGAUAUGACCUUCAAUGGCUUCUCCGCCGAUACCGAAACCAGCACAAACACAGAGUCGCCUUCUACGCCCGCCACAAGUCUCCAGUCGGAUACCGAAACCCUAGCACGCAAGCAGUCGGUCAGUGACAAUGACUCGGGCCGUGAACGCCGCGCCUCCACCGUUCUAAUCUCCCAGAACUCCGAGGACAUGAGACGGCUUCUCGAGAAUGUCGGCAUCGGAGGCACGCAGAAGGUGCAGCCGCUUUGCUGUGGUGGUGGAUGCUGCCGCAGCCAGCCGUUGAGGCGAACCUCGGAGCCCGUCUCCGGUGUCAAUUACAUCACUGCCCCCGAUAACAAGGCCUACCGGGGCCUGAAGUUGAACGUGGAAUAUCUCACGAUGGACAGCGAGCUGACCAACGUGGCCGAGCUGCCCGAGAAGACCGUCUCCUUCUCGGCUAUCCCGGCAUCCGCCGUUGAUAUGCAAUUGGGACCCGCGGAUCACCCGCCUCCGUUUGUCCAGCCUCACCCCCCUUACAAUGUGUUCCGGGCCCCCCUGCACCAUGCCCGAGAGCUCACCAAAGCCGGUGCCGAGAAGCGCACAUAUCACUUCGACAUCGACGUCACGGACUAUCCCGCCGAGAGCGGCAUGGUGGACUUCGUCGUGGGUGGUGCCAUUGGCGUGUGCCCUCGAAACAAGGACGAAGAGGUGGACGACAUCUUCAACCAACUCGGUGUCCCCAAGUCCAUCCGGGACAAGAAGGUCUCAGUCCGCACCGCCAAGGGCCGCUGGCCGACCAUCUGGGGUGACGACAAGCCGCGUGAAUUGAUCACCACCCGCCGAGAGCUUCUCAACUGGUGCGCGGAUAUCCAGAGUUACGCCCCGACGAAGGGCCUGUUCCGCCUGCUAGCCGAGUACGCCAGCGACGUCAACGAGAAGCAGAUCCUCAUGUUCCUUUCCUCCGCCCAGGGCCAGGGUGCCUUCUGUGACCUGCGCACCGCGUCGCACGUGAGUGUUUCGCAGCUGCUGCACGCCUUCCCGUCUGCCCAGCCUCCUCUCGACCACCUUCUCUCCGUCCUCAACACCCUGAUGCCCCGCUUCUACUCCCUCUCGCAGGACCCCCUGCUCUCGUGCACCAAGGGCGCCCAGCCCCGCCGUCUGGUCGAAGUGGCCGUCAGCGUGGCCGAGUCGGACGACUGGAAGGGCGGCAUGCGGACCGGCGUGGGAUCCGGCUACCUCGAGCGCCUGGCCCAGCAGGUGAUGCAGGCCGAGAAGCGAGGCAUCGACCCUCGCACGCUCGACCUGCACGUCCCCAUGUUCCGCGGACUGAUGGCCAACCCGCUGGCCACGCGGUUCGCGUCCGACGGCCCCAUGCUGCUGAUCGGAGCCGGCGUCGGCAUCGCGCCGUUCCGCGGCUUCGUGCAGCGCCGCCUGCAGUCGGCCAACUGCGCCAACAAGGUCUGGGUGCUCCAGGGCGUGCGUGACUCGCUGCUCGACGAGCUCUACCGCGGCGAGUGGGGCGUCGACGAGGACAAGGUGCGGACGGUCGUCCAGAGUCGUCGCGGCGAGAGCAUGUACGUCCAGGAGGAGGUCCGCCACCAGGCCGACCUGGUCUGGUUCGUCAUCAACGCGCUGGACGGCCGGGUCUUCGUCUGCGGAAGCGGCAAGGGCAUGGGCGAGGGCGUCGAGGCUGCUCUCGUCGACGUCGCCAUGGCCAAGGGUAACCUGAACGUCGAAGAAGCCGAGCAAUUCUGGGCGAACAAGAAAGAAGCUGGCCAGUAUAUUGCCGAAACUUGGUAA